UAUUCACAAAAGAAAUAGACAUAAAUCGAUCCUUUCAAACACAAACACCGCAGGUAAAACCCUCUUCCAGUUUCUGUUAUCCCUUAUCACUGUUCCAGGAAGAGCCAAAAGAGUCGAACUUCAAUUCAACAAACCCUCGUCACUUUCCCCUCACUAUUCAAUGUUACUUAACUCCAGAAUAAUAUGAAAGUUAUGAACUUUUCUUGUGGUGUAACAAAACCCAAUUUUCCGUUUUCCCAAACAGAAAUGCCAAUUUUAACAUCAUUUGGUCAUUCUAAGUUGACUGCUACCCUAGCUUUUCAAUUGCCAUGUAUUUGUGUUAGGAAGAUGAGGUUGAUUACAAAGCUCCAGUGUUCUGUUGCUAAUAGGAUGUUUACUUCUAGCUCCGGUGGUUCGCAGGGACCUAAACGGGGAGGUCCCUCUUCGUCGUAUGUUGGUUACGCUCGUCCUAGUUUAAAUGAAAUGAAGAAAGAUAAGGUGGCGAUGCGUGAAAAUGUUUACGAGUUCUUGCGAGGAAUUGGCCUUGUUCCUGAUGAACUUGAUGGUCUUGAGCUUCCUGUUACGGUUGAUGUUAUGAAGGAGCGUGUGGAUUUUCUUCAUAACUUGGGGCUUACGAUUGAAGAUAUUAACAACUAUCCUCUUGUUCUUGGUUGUAGCGUCAAGAAGAAUAUGGUGCCUGUGCUUGAUUAUCUUGGUAAAUUGGGAGUUAGGAAAUCCACGCUAACGAAGUUUUUGAGGAGAUACCCGCAAGUGCUUCAUGCUAGUGUGGUUGUGGAUCUUGUGCCGGUGGUUAGGUAUCUUCAAGGGAUGGAUAUCAAACCCAAUGAUGUUCCUCGUGUUCUUGAGAGGUAUCCAGAAGUGCUAGGAUUCAAGCUUGAGGGAACUAUGAGCACAUCAGUUGCUUAUUUGAUUGGAAUUGGUGUUGGAAGAAGAGAACUCGGAGGUGUCUUAACUAGAUACCCGGAGAUUUUGGGGAUGCGGGUUGGUCGAGUCAUCAAGCCUUUUGUGGAGUAUCUAGAAAGCUUGGGUAUUCCAAGGCUAGCCAUUGCUAGACUAAUAGAGACACAACCAUAUAUUCUUGGAUUCGAUCUCGACGAUAAGGUGAAGCCAAACGUCAAAUCCCUCGAAGAGUUUAAUGUUCGGCAAACGUCAAUUGCCUCGAUAAUUGCUCAGUAUCCUGACAUCAUUGGAGCUGACCUAGAGCCAAAGCUUGCCAAUAAGAAAAGCGUUCUCAAUGCUGUACUUGAUUUAGAUCCUGAGGAUUUUGGCUUAAUCGUUGAGAAAAUGCCGCAGGUAGUAAGCCUCAAUAGUACACCUAUGCUAAAGCAUGUUGAUUUUCUUAAGGAAUGCGGAUUUUCUGUGGUGCAAAUAAAGAAGAUGAUUAUUGGGUGCCCUCAACUACUUGCUUUAAACAUUGAUAUCAUGAAACUUAGCUUUGAUUACUUCCAAAGCGAGAUGGAACGGCCUUUGGAAGACAUGGUUGAAUUCCCAGCAUUUUUCACUUAUGGUUUGGAGUCAACUAUAAAACCUAGGCAUACCAUGAUUGCAAAAAAAGGAUUGAAGUGUUCACUGGCAUGGAUGCUUAAUUGUUCUAAUGAGAAAUUUGAGCAGCGGAUGGAUUAUGACACUAUUGACAUGGAAGAGAUGGAAAUGAAACCAUCUUUUGACAUGAACUCAUUGAUGCGACCAAGGAAUGAUGAAUCGGAUUCUGAUUAUGAAUACAGCGAUUCUGAUGAUGAUGAUGAUGAUGAUGAUGAUGAUGAUGAUGAUGAUGAUGAUGAUGAUGAUGAUGAGUGAAAUAAUACGAUACUUUUGUAACUAGUCUGCCUAGGAGAAUUUUGGUCUUCUUUUGGAUGAUCUUUAUAUACUGAUAGUUUCAAUGCCGUAAUGUACCAUUGAAAAGGUAUGUAUAUGAUUCGCAAGUACACGUGACGCAUUUACAAGCUUUUGCAUCCUAAUUCAUUUUGUUUGUUUA